GUGAUAAAUGUGAGGUAAUAAGAAUAAGAAUAUCUUUGUAUUUUAAAAAGUACGAGUGAGGUAUAUUCGGUUCCGUUGUACUGUAUGAAUUAUCUAUAGUUGAAGGUUUGAGUUUGAGUUUAGGUUGUGGUGUAGGUUGAGAAAUCGAAAACAAUGGGCUCAAUUUCAACCUUGGCGUUUCCGCUUCUAGUCGGAGCCGGUGUCGGAGUCCCCUUUUCUCGUUCAUCUUCUCUUCGAACACAACAUUCUACGUCAAUGUCGGUGGCAGCUUCUUCUUCUUCUUCUCAGGAUGUUGCUGCAACUCAAUUACUCACCUUUCUCGGUAAAGGUGGCUCUGGCAAAACCACCGCAGCUAUCUUCGCCGCUCAGCACUAUGCAAUGGCUGGAUUCAAGACAUGUUUAGUGAUACAUAGCCAAGACGUCACUGCAGACUAUCUCCUCAACUGUAAAAUUGGAACUUCCCAUGUCCUUUGCACCAACAACCUUUCGGCUGUUAGGUUGGAAACAACCAAAAUGCUUCUUGAACCUUUAAAACUUCUCAAGCAAGCAGACGCCCAGCUUAAUAUGACACAAGGAACACUUGGAGGGAUUGUUGGAGAAGAGCUUGGCAUUAUGCCUGGAAUGGACUCCAUCUUUUUAGUACUUGCACUUGAGAGGCUUGUAGGAUUUUUGGGGAUGGCACCUUCCAAUACUCAACACGAUAAAUUUGACAUAAUAAUAUAUGAUAGUGUCAGCAGCGAGGAAACCUUGCGAAUCAUGGGUGGAUGCAGUAAAGCAAGAUUGUACUUGAAAUAUAUCCGCACAUUGGCUGAGAAAACUGACCUUGGGAGAUUGGCUGCUCCUUCACUCCUCAGACUUGUGGAUGAGGCCAUGAGAAUAAGUAGCACCAGAUCUUAUUUAAACUGGAGGAUGAGUUCAGAAACAUGGGACAAUUUGGAUCAACUUCUCGAGAAAGGAUCUUCCGCCUUCUCAAACUCCCAGAGAUUUGGUUGCUUCCUUGUGAUGGAUCCUAACAAUCCAACCUCGGUCAAUUCUGCAUUACGUUAUUGGGGGUGUACAAUUCAGGCUGGUGCUCAAGUUUCAGGUGCUUUUGGACUCUCCUCACACCAACCAAAACUAGAAUCAUACGAAAGAGCAAACAAAAAUCUUUCUCCUUUGCCUUCUGCUUUUAUAUCAAGUCCGUUAAUGAUUAGCCCAGUAGACUGGAACAGAGUUUUACUGGACACUGCGAAUCAAAAUGCUAGGCAUCUUCUUACUUCACUAUUGAGCCAAUCCAGUAAUAUGACAUCAUCAGUUAAGUUUGAUGUCAAAAGAAAAUCGGUUACUCUCUUCAUGCCAGGUUUUGACAAAUCAGAGAUUAAGCUAUACCAAUAUAGGGGAGGAUCUGAGCUUUUGGUAGAAGCCGGAGAUCAAAGACGUGUCAUCGCCUUACCCCCAGAAAUUCAAGGAAAGGUUGGCGGAGCCAAAUUCCAGGACAGAAGUCUUGUUAUUACAUUGCUAUAACAGUAAAAAUAUUACAGCCGAGGCAUAUUUUCUAAUCCACAUUUCUGCAUGAAUUGAGGCAAUCAGUAAACUAUGCAAGGAAAUGUGUCACUUUUCAUUCUCUACUUUGUAGUUUUUAGAUAAUUAUUAGUAACUGUUGUAUGUUGUAUGUGAACUAACUGCUUUGUGCAGUUAUGUAACUGCUGUUGGUAGUCAGAGUAAUAAAUCGCUAGCGUGCAGACGGACAUUUCUACCGUGCUUAAUUAUGUAUCUAUUUCAUUGUAAUGAUUGCUGGAGUUAUAUCAAUAGUAAAGAAGUUUAUUCAGUAUGUUUAA